AUGUCUGCGGACAUUCCAGGCCCUGCCUCAGAUGUGCAACACAUCUUAGAUGAGGCAAGAGCUCUUGUCACUCAACUAUAUGAUCCUGAAAACGCUGGCAACCCCACCAAGAUCAAGCUGAUUCAGGAGCGUCUGCAGUUGCUUCAGAAGGGACCAGAGGCAUGGCUAAUAGCUAAUGAUUUGUUGAGUGCCAGCAGCACUGACAUGAGAUUUUUUGGCGCUCUGACGUUUACUGUUAAGAUCAACCUCGACUGGCAAAAGCUCAGCCAACAUGACGCGCAAGAGCUCCUUGGUCGACUGAUUGACCACUAUGUUAUUUUGGUGAAUUCGGGGGAGCGGCCCCUUGUCAUACGGAAGCUGGCCACGACUCUAGCCACUAUCUUCUUGAAGCCGAGUGCUCCUUGGAUUAGAGCUCUUUGGACCUUGGCUGCUUCCUUGGCAGGUGGUAAAUAUGUCUCUGAAGAGCAUUUUCACUCGGCCGAUCUGCUAGAAGCCGUCUUGCCAGCAAUGUCCCAAACUCAGAUCGUUGCGUUACUCUAUUUCUGCAACAUUCUUGCAGAAGACAUGAAUAAAUGGAGUCCCGAAUUGAGGCAGCCGGACGACACCAAGCGUGCAUCGGCAAAUAUUCCGGACGCCUUUGGAAUCGUUGAGUUCAUCCUGCGCCACUUUCUGUUGCAGGAGCCUUCCCAGAACGCCUCUUACGAUCCCACUCCAGGAAUUGAAGCAAUCAAUGCGUAUCAUCUAACUUCCACAACAAAUCAUGUGAUCCAGUGCCUGAGGGUUCCUAGUCUAUCAAGGACCGCUGCUCAGGUCGUUGUCGAAUUGAUAGACUGGAAGGAGAAUAUCUUCGGUCCGGAUCAUCUCGAUUCUAUCCUUGAAUACAUCACAAGUCAUCUUGGCACCGCCCAUGUCACGUCGCUUCUUGAGGGUGAUUUCGAGGACGAAAAUAUGACGUUUUUGGAGUUGAUUUUGGCUUUCUCGACUCUCAAACAGAGGGAAAUGCUGGCUAAGCCGAUGGAUCCUCACUAUAAUCAGGUUCUCACCAUGCUGCACGCCCUAUUUAAAGCCCCUGGCUAUGCGGCAGUCGAUGACCCGGCAUCACCAUUGCUCAUUGAAUGGUGGACCGAAGUUGCCGACGAUGUCCAAGAGAUCUUGUUUGAUUCCGAGGACAAAUCGAUUGUCGAGUCUGCGAAACAGAAUUUGGCCCGUGCUGCUCUAGACUGUUUUGAGAAGCUUAAGUAUCCAUCUCCAGAAGAGCUGCGAGAUUGGAGUGAGGAUGAUCGCGGGGAAUUCGGUGCAUUCCGCCGAGAUGUCUGUGACUUCCUCUUGGCAAUAUAUCCCAUCCUGGGAGUCGAGUUGAUUCAUCUGUACCAAGAGCAGUCCAGUAUAUCGCUCAAUCACCAGGACUGGAGAACAUUUGAGGCUGCUGUCUUCUGCAUCGCGCAGCUCUCUGAAGCUGUUGAUGGGAAUCAACAUGCUGAUGAAUGCCUGAACGCAGUCUUCUUCUCUGAUGAUUUUGAUUGUCUCUGCAGGGGCGAGGGAAUGUUGAUUCCAGACAAAGCCCGCCAAACUCUGGUAGAUAUGCUAGGAAAGUACAAGUCUUACUUCGAACGGACUCAUGCUUUACUACCUCUGGUGCUCACUUUUCUAUUCGCGUCUCUUGAGGUUUUAUCAUGUGCACCAGCCGCUUCCCGGUCUAUCUCAUACCUCUGCAAAUCGUGCCGGAAUGCUCUGACGUCUGAACUGCCGGCAUUUUUGGACCAGUUUGACCAAUUUCGUUACAAGGCUACAGCGACGGCUACCACAAUGGAAAAGGUCCUCGAAGGCAUUGCCGCGAUCAUUCAAGCAUUGCCGACAGAUGAUGCCAAAGCACAAUUUCUGGAGAGGAUCCUGACAUAUUUCCAUCAACAAGCUGACCUAGCGCGCGAUGAGGCUAAGCGCCAGAUGGAAGAGGCUGCAUACAGUCGUGCCCUGUUAGUUUUGCGCUGCAUCGCAAGUAUUGGCAAGGGUCUUAGAACCGAUGGUGAAAUCAUCCUAGACUCAAACGAUGGCAGCAAUGGGAUUUCCCAUUCUUUAUCCUUUUGGAGUACAGGUCCCGGUGCAGUAUCGCAGAGCUUGAUUGUUCAGAUCAUGGAUCUACUCAUAACUGAAGUUCCUCGAGAUGCGAGCACUAUCGAAGCCGCUUGCGAUAUUCUGAAGGCUGGAUAUACUGAGAAAUCGGGCCCAUAUGUAUUUCCACCAACAGUGACCGUCAGCUUCGUUCAGAGCAUUCCUCUAGGCAGCGCCGGUACCGAUAUGGUCAUGGGCACAGCCUCUGCUUUUUUGGCGUCUCACAGUGCACAUCCAGAGCGAAUUCGUGAAGAAACUGUUGCGCUGAUUCUUCACGUUUAUCAAACCUUCUGCAAAAUGCAGCAGUCACCGGAAUUGCACGAUCCUGAGGUUGCCAACAGUGGGAUUGACUUUCUCACCCGGCUACUCCCCAAGUAUCAUGCCGUUCUCUUCGCACUUAUCUCCACCCCGCCAGAUACCAACCAAAGUGUGCCUGACCUCAGUAUCGCGUCGCGACCUCCUGUGCUAUCGACUAUUCUUGACUUCACUCUGCUCUCCUUGCAAGGUACAGAACCGCUUCCACUUCGUUCUGCGUCUCAGUUCUGGGUAGGCGUAUUGAGUCUCCCAAUGGACGUUCGCCAGCCGGGCACCUUGCAAGAUGCCAUCAACCGGUAUCUCCCGGCUCUCUGUAGGAUCUUGAUGGUGAUGCUUGCCGGCCGCUGCGCUCGUUCAGACAUCGACCACCUGUGCGACGUCCUCAGAAAGGUCAUCCCUAAGUACCAAGGUCAAGCUCGGGUCUACUUUUUAGAGGCGCUCUCCUCAUUAAAUAUCAGCACGUCGCAUGAAGGACAGGGUCAGGUCACACCGCAGGAGAAAGAGCGCUUUGUUGCAUCUCUCAUCGCCGCCAGGGGUGCCAAGGCCCAGACAAACCAGGUGGUACGCGCGUUCUGGAUCAAGUGUCGCGGCGCAGGGUUCAAUUAUGCUGGUUAG